AUGGAAAAUUCAAUUGGUCCAUCUGAUGGGCAACAGGUUCAGUCUGAUUACUCUUAUGACCAGAUACUAAAUAUGGAUGACAAUAGUAAGAGGCGAUCCUUAAAUAACCCCGCAAUACUACUUGGAAGCAGGGCAGGAUCUAUGUCAAAUAUAACAAAACACUCAAAGAUAUCGAGCAAUGCAAUAGAGGACGACAGGUAUUCUCGUUUACCGGAUGACAUAAACAACCUGACGCUAGAUACAGUAAAUUCUUCAACACCUCAGAAAAAUUUAACAAUGAGCGAUAUUUUAACAAAAUCUUCAAUAUUAGAGGAAGAACUUCCCUUGAAGGAUACAGGAUUGAGCUUUGGAAGUGAGGGGUCGGAUAUUAAUACAGAUGAUAAUGUAUCAAGCAAAGAUAUACCAACUGUUACUGCGGAAAUGACUCCAUGGAAACUCAAAAAAACGAGUUCUUUAAUAGAACCUCCACCGAAUAUCACUGUACCACAUUUUAAGCCAUCUGUGAAUUCACCAUUGAACUUAAAGACAUCCUCAAGAUCAUAUUUAAAUAUGACAGAUAUUCAAAAGAUUGCGAACAGUGAUCGCCUUGACUCUAUGGCUAGAGAUAUAAACCCUAUAGAAUACGAAAGAAUGAGACGUUCAAUUGCCUCCUUAAGAAUGAAAUAUAAUGCCCUUGUUGAAAUGAUAAAACAGAUAAAUCUUGGAGAUAACCUGGAAAAUGAGCAAACCAAUAGUAAUAGGAGUUCGGUUUAUAGGAGGUUACUUGAAAAGCUUGAAAAAAAUGAUGAUUCAAGUGACUUAAAAUUAGAAAAUGAAAAACUUCUAUUAAAUAUUUCAGAGAAAGAUAAUACAAUUGAAAAUAUGAAACAUCAAUUGACUCAACUUCAAGAAGAAAAUGUCAUUAUAUUAAACAAUACAGACGAACAUAUAAAAACAUCAGAAAACUUGUGCAAAGUUGCCGAUAAUAUUCUUAGCUAUAUAAGAAGUAUUGACUUCAAAACAUUUCAUUUAACUGAUGAAGAAAAGGGGGUAUUACAAACAGCUAUUGAUCUCAAUUCAAACUAUUUUCCUGUGAAAAUGAACACCCUUGAUGCUUCAAUUCAUAAACUAAUAACAAAUUUACAAAAUAGUGAAGAAAACGUAUUGGUAGCACAGGAAAAGGAAAAAUUUAACCAAAGAGGUAGUAUAAUGGCUAACAGUACCCAACUAAACCAAGUCGUAUCAGAUGAAAUUGGGGAGAAAAGUAUUGACUCUAAUAUGGAGAUUGUAAUACAGGAUUUGCGAAAAGAGUACGAUAAUUUUAUUAAAAGUAUAGGAGAUAAAUUAACAGUGUCAUCUCAAAUAGAAAAUGAGUUAAGAUCUAAACUGGUAAGACAAGAAGAAAUUUUACAUAAGAUGUCACUAAUUCGUAAAGAACAACAGAACAAUGCAAUAUUUGAUUCACCCGGGAAUAUUGUAACUAAAAACGAUUUACAAUUACCUGAUAACGUUAUAGAAUCCAAAUUGGAUAUUUCCUAUAUAGACAAUAUUAAAAGUCUAAAUGCUCUGGUUGAGACCCAAAAAGAGAAGAUCAGAGAUCUAGAAAUACAAACCGAAGAAACCAGUAACGGCAGAAAUGAAAACAACAGAAUUCAAAGAGAAAACAAGCAACUAAUAAGAAAGAUAGAAAAUCUAGAAGAAAUGGUUCAACAGAAAAACGAAAACUGGAGUAAUCUUACAUCUCAACUAGAAGAACAAAUCAAUCACCUACUACAGGAAAAGGAAGCAUUAGAAAAGCUAACCCAUUCACUUGGUAAUGAAAACAAGAACAACGAACGAAUAAAAGAAAAAUUGGUAGCUCAAAUAGAUGAUAUGGAGAAACACAUAGACUAUUACGUAAAGGAAAACGAAAAAACACGAGAGUCCAAUGAUAAUUUACGAAGUAUGGUUUUGCAGAUCAAGGCUUCCCAGACCAAUACGAUAAAUAAACUAGAUGCCGAGUUUGGUAAUUUUAAUCAAAACUUACUACUUCAUUUACUCAAAGUAUUUGAAAUACUGAAAAAUAUUAUCGAAAGGCAUUCCAUAGAACAAUCUAUUCAAAAGGUCGAAAAAUUAAGCAGUAUAUCGAGUUUGGAUAACCUGAAGUAUGCCGGUCCUAAAUUUGAUGUAAUUUAUACUUUUAUUGAAAUGGCAUUGGAAUCAAUAAUACAAUCAUAUACAAACAUACUAGUAGAGAGUGCACCCACAAUAACAAAUAGCUACAAUAGUUUGAAAACUGAUAAUUCAACAAAUAAUGAUAUGCAAAUCAAGAUUGACGAAUUGCAGAAAAGAUGGUUAUUUGAACGAGAGAGACGAAAGCUCGAUGCAACAGCUGCAGAAGCUAAAAUUACAAAGCUGCAGAUCGAAAACGACUUAUUAAAAGAGCAAAUAUUUAAUACAUCCUUAAAGGAUUGA